AUGACGUUGGAUAUUUCGAGCUGGAUAUUUCUGCCGUGGAGACGCUGUGCGUCAAACAUCAAGGAUGCUCCUCAGCCGCCGCUGGCCAGCACCUUUGGCGAUGUGAUUGUCGACUACGAGGACCCGGACUAUCUUCCAUUGCCCGAAUAUCCUGUGCGUCCCAAUGAGCCGUUGGACAUUCGAAAGCAGCGACUUUUGUAUCAAUCCCGUAAGCGGGGAAUGCUGGAAAACGAUCUUUUGCUCAGCACCUUUGCGGCCAAACACCUUCAGAAAUUCAGCGCCGAGCAGACGGCUCAGUACGAUCAGUUAAUCAACGGAGUCAGCAAUGAUUGGGAUAUCUACUACUGGGCCACCGAUGUGAAGCCCACACCCAAAGAAUACGAUACUGAGAUCAUGAUGCUCUUGAAGGAGCACGUGAAGAAUGCCGAAAGGGUAACUCGUCUCCGCCAGCCGGAUCUGAACACUUAGUCUCUUCUGAUGUUAUCAAUAUGUUUAU